AUGGAAACCGCCAUAGAGAGUUCCCAAAUCCACAACCCAAUCAACACGCCCUCAAAUAUAAUCGCAACAACAUACCACUCUGUAAUCGAAUCCACAACAUACAACAACCUUCCAGCAGUCAUCAAAAAAUUCACUUUCCCCGACAACCCAAGAACCCACCACCGCUGGCGUCAAGAAGUCGAAGCCCUCAACCUCGCAAGAGGUCACCCAAACACAUCCCGAAUCCUCCACUCCUCCCCCUCCCCACCAACAAUUACCCUCCGCCGCGAAGCCGGCCACAGCCUAGAAAAAUACAUCAACCCAAAAACCUCAAUCUGCACCCUCUCCCACUCCGACGCCCUCGCAAUCUGGUCCCAAAUCGCAUCAGCCCUAUCCCACCUGCACUCAACCUGCAACAUAAUCCACGACGACGUCAAACCAGAAAACAUAAUCUUCUUCUCCCCCCCUCUCCAUUCUCCUCAAAGAGAAGAACACCCGCAACCCCACGCCGUCCUCCUCGACUUCGGCGCCGCCCUCCCCCUCCCCUCGUCAUCAACCUCCCCCUCCCCCUCCCUCAACAUCUGGUCCCCCUCCGGCACACCCCCCUACGCGCCCCCCGAAUUCCUCCACCGCCACAAAUCCCACGCCUCCGAUAUCUGGGGACUAGGCGUCACCCUCCUCUUCUGCUUCGGAUACGUCCCUCUACCCACGGGCUCCUGGAUCCUGCCCCACGUAUUUGAAGACGAAGCCGUCAAGCAAGAAAUGGAGGCGUGGUUGGACGAGAUUGAGGAGUUGAGGACGUCGUUGAGCGGUAGUGGGGAUGCUGAGAAAGAAUUGCUUGGGAGGAUGUUGGAGAGGGAUCCGGCGGUGAGGAUCGGGAGUAGUGAGAUUUCACUCCACGGCACGCACCACCUCCCAUCUCCCCAUCCACACUCACACUCACUCACAUCCAUCCACCCACCCGCCCACACAAAGCACACCGACCCAACCCUCCGGAACCCUCCAUCCCAGAAAUCCAAAUCCAUUCUUUUCAUCCCCAACUCCAAAACCCCCCCUUCCUACAUAUUCGCACUCACACACCCCGACUCGAAAAAGCAGGCCCAACCCCAGAGUACCCUUCACGAUCCACCCCAGCACAGCCCUGCAAAAACGUUCAAAGACUCCAACGCCAAGCCCCAGAUCUCGGAAAACUCUAAUAAACAAAGAGUAAAAAAUCACCCGCAUACCUACUCAUACUCCGAACUCCCCCCUGCCUCUCAAAUUCAUCAUCCCACCCACGGCACGCUCGGAUACCCAACCCUCCACCAUCAACUAAAAAAGUCUAGAUCUGAUCAAACACACAAACUCUCACUCGGUUUCGCUUCGUUUACCUGGCAAAUCCAGGGGGGGGACCAACCAAACCCCUCAACACCAAACCCCUCGACUCCCGUGCCCCCCAAUUCUAUCGGUUUCCGAAUAUGUAUAACCACAAAAACCCACGUCGCUCGCAUUUUUGUGUUUUCAGCAGUUCCGGUUCUUCCCAUUGCUUCGUCAAAAUCCAACCCACCCCUAUACGCCGAUCGAAAUGCCAAGAUGCAACGUGACCUGUUCGCGUUCCCCUCUCCCUUCCCGAUCUUUCGUCCUUCCUGA